CUUUUUCAUUUCUGUACCUUUAUCUCUUUAUACUGCAAAACGUCAAAAUAUACCACUGUUCUUUAGUUUGACAUGAGUAUAAUAGGGACAACUUCAGGAACACCGGGAUCAGCAACAACAACAGCACAUCUCGGUAAUACACCGUUAAACUUGGCUAAACUUAGAGAGCUUUCACGUAAAAAGCUUCCUGAAUUAUUAGAUAAAGUUAGAGGGAAAAAGGGUCUUGUGCUCGAUCCAACAUUGACGGGACCUUUGAGUUUAAUCGCAGAGUACACUUUAUUGAAGGAUCAUGGGGUCGAGAAGAUCUAUCAUCUCGAAGCUGAACUUCCUGAAACAGAUUGUCCUGGAUUAAUUUAUAUUUGCCGACCAAAAUUACAAUACAUGCGUUAUAUAGCAAAUCAUAUAAAACAGUUUUUGAAUGCUUCCAAGAUUGAUUGCUGGCUCUUUUUCGUACCUGAGCGUACAUUAGUUUGCGAAAGAAUAUUAGAAGAAGAAGGCGUGAAAGGUGAUGUUACUAUAGGCGAUUAUGCCAUGGACUGGAUACCUUGUGAAGAUGAUCUGAUAUCAAUGGAACUUGAGCCGUCAACAUGGAAAGAGAUUUAUCUAGACGGAGAUCAAACUCCUAUUUAUUAUGCAGCCAAAGCAUUGAUGCGACUACAAUCAAUUUAUGGCCUAUUUCCACGUAUCCUUGGUAAAGGAGAUGGUGCCAAACAGCUAGCAGAUCUUUUACUGCGUAUGCGACGAGAAAACUAUGUUACUGCAGCGGAUAUACCACAUACGUCAAUAUCCAGACAACCACACACUCUACUAAAUACUGUGUCCAAUCACAUUGAUCAAAUUAUAAUUUUGGAUAGGAGUGUUGACCUUAUUACCCCACUAUGCACAGAAUUGACGUAUGAAGGCUUAAUUGACGAAAUACUUGGUAUUAAACAUUGUUUUGUCGAAUUAGAUGCGUCUUUAAUCAACCCUUCUCAACAACAACAACAACAGCAGCAAAACCAAAAGGCCUUUCAACAGCAACAACAAUCAAGUAAUACCAGCAGUGCAGCCAAUGCUAGCAAAAAGAAGAAAUAUGUCCUCAAUUCUUCGGACAAAUUAUUUGGCCAACUACGCGAUCAAAAUUUUGCCGUAGUGGGUGGCAAAUUGAAUAAAAUUGCCAAACGGAUCAAUGAGAAUUACGAAGAGAGGCAUAACGCCAAAACCGUAGCUCAAAUUCGUGAUUUUGUUGGUCGCUUAAGUGAGCUACAGCAAGAGCAUCAAUCACUGAAAAUACAUACAGGCAUUGCAGAGGAAAUCAUCAGUCAUACUGUUACCGACGAGUUCAACCGCGUGCUGGAAGUACAACAAAAUGUGGUGGCAGGGAUUGACAGCAUCAAAGAAGCUGAAUACAUUGAAGAGAUGAUUGAUAAACAGAAACCGCUGGUACAAGUCCUUCGUUUACUUUGUUUAAUAUCGUUAACGCAAGGUGGAUUGAAACAGAAGAACUUUGAUCAUUUCGAGAGGGAGAUUGUUCAAACGUAUGGCUAUGAACAUAUUGAGACAUUGCAUCGAUUGACAAAGCUGGGAUUAUGGAUAAAGAAAACAAACACUACACCGCGCAGUACAUUCGCUCAAUGUCGACGCUCUUUACGGCUAAUUGUGGAUGAUGUCAAUGAAUUACAUCCCAACGAUAUCUCCUACGUUUAUUCGGGCUAUGCACCUAUGAGCAUUCGUUUAGUGCAAGCAGCUAUGCAAAAGUUAUCAGGAAUAGGGUCUCAUCAAGCUUCCUCAGGUACAGCGAGCCUAUUUUCGUAUGUUGGACAAAGCACGGCCAACUUUAUCCAGUUGAACAACGGCAAUACGUCUAACAGCAGCAGCAUCAAUAAUGGCACUAGUCAUAGUAACAAUGACAGUGACUAUAGCCACACCUGGCGAGGAUCGGAGGAAAUUCUAAAAUUAUUACCCGGUCAAGCGUUCGACAUUAAACAGACUGUGGACUACGGCACAGCUGAGACUAACGCAGCAAUGGAACGAGUGAAGAGACAUAAUUUGAACCAUGGAAAAACGACGAUUAUCUUCUUUUUAGGUGGUUGCACACACACAGAAGUCUCUGCUAUAAGAUUUUUAGCUCAACAUGAUGAAGGUCGUGACUAUCUGGUGGCGACAACGCAGCUUAUCAACGGGAACUCCAUCUUGUCUCCUAUCAUAAGCCAUAGACAACAGCAGCCUCCUCAAGCACAGUCUGAAUAAAGUCGUGCUUUGUACUUUUUACUUUAUUUUUGUUGAUGUAAAAGACACGUUUAGAGAACGAUCCAAACUCAUAAGACUAUUCCUCCUCAUUUUGAAAAACCUUGUACAGUUUGGACAAUGAAAAUUUUUUUCCUGUAUGCACGGACCUUCCUGAUUGGCCCAGUUUAGAGAAUUUUGCUCAAAUAGAAAUGUGUUACGGCAAGCUACAGUAUUUUAACUAAUAUUUUAGAUGAAAUACAUUUUUUUUUGGACGAUUAAUAUUUUCAUUUUAGAUGAGUUGCA